AUGGUGAACAACUCUUGUGAGAAGGACCACUCCUGCGCCAGCAGUGCAGAUGGUGGGUCUGGGGAAAAGGAUAGCAGCGAGUUGAAAGGGAGCGACAUGGAAGGGGAAGAAAAAUAUGCUACCUCGGUCAGUUCAAUGGAGGAAAAGCAAGGGAAGGGUGGUGCUGUCCAUGUCCUGGACAAUGUAAAGGAUGAUGCUCAUAUAGGGGAUGCGACUCCCCAGGGCAAGUCCACAGGAGUUCCCAAGGAAGAGGCCAAUAGUGUGAUGGGUGAAAAGAAGGAGGAAACGAAGGAAGGGAACGAGAGUGGACAAGCCAAAGGCCAGUUAAGCGGUGCGCCAAUUGAAUCAUCAGCCGACAUACCAACAGACGAUGUAUACGUAAAGAGAAUUAUAAACGUGGAAAUCACAGAAGAAAUAAAAAGUUUCAUUGAAACGUUCAUAAAAAGGAGAGACCAUAUAAUAGACUGGUGCUACAAGAACAGGAAACUCUAUGAAAAUAAAAUAAAUGAAAAAACCACCAACCUGUUCUUCCAAAAAGCGAAAAACAUACAGCUCCUCCUGCAUGAGGAAAGCAUUAAUAUUGACACACUGAAUAUCCUCCUGUACUUUUAUAACUUAUAUUGUACCCACAACAACAUGGAGAAAAUUAACGCCCAUAGCGUCAUGUCCAGUUCCUCCAUAACGUACAGAGGCAUUUAUGAAAACAUAAACCCGAACAGCAAGUCGUUCAAGAACCUCCUGAAGGAGGAGAAAGCGUACAAUAGGUUGAUAGGAAAGACGAAUAACAUAAAUGACUUCUUCUCGAAUUACAAGAAGACCUACCCGUAUGGCAUAAAUUUGAUCCUGGGUAUAUUCCUCACCUUUUUGAGCGGGUACUACGGGAGCCUCUUGUUGGGCUUCACAAAAUUUACCACGCGACUGAUAUGCGGAAUUGUCUUCUCCUACGUCACGCUCAUCCUGGAGGUUAUCAUUUUUAUAAUUAUUAACGAGAAGGUGGAAAAUUUGAAGAGGAAUCAAAAGAACGCGAACAGCAACUACGGCUUGUACGAGAAGGUAUACAUUAAGAAGGAGUCUAGUGGGAAGGGCGAUGUGGAUGCAGUGGGGGUGGAAACCGAAGUGGUUGCCCAGGGAGAGGUACAAGAAAUGAAAGGGGUCUCCAAUAAUCACCCCACGCUGAAGCAGCGUCGGAAGGUUUAA